AUGGAGUUGAUCAAGGCGCUGCCGGAAGAUUGUCUCUCCUCGAUCCUCUGCUUCACUUCCCCACAUGACGCCUGCCGCUCGUCCAAGGUCUCCCCCGAGUUUCAAUCCGCCGCCGACUCCGACGUCGUCUGGGAGAAGUUCCUCCCUUCCGAUUACCACCGCAUUGUCGCCGACUCCGUUCCGGGCCUUGAAUUCUCCUCCAAGAAGGAGCUCUACCGCAAGCUCUGCGACUCUGUUCUCGUCGACGGCGGCCGAAAGAGGUUGAAGCUGGAGAAAUUGUCCGGGAAGAAAUGUUACGAAUUGUCGGCCAGAGAUCUUUCCAUAACUUGGAGCAGUGAAUCGAUGUACUGGACUUGGACUUCGCUUCCCGAAUCAAGAUUCUCGGAAGUUGCAGUGCUCCGAACAAUGUCGUGGCUCGAGAUCCAAGGCAAGAUCAACACCCAAAUGCUAACUCCCAACACCAAAUACGGAGCCUACCUCGUAAUGAAAAUUUCCGGCCGAGCUUUUGGUCUCGAUUUGAUGCCAUCCGAAGUAUCGGUUCAAGUGGGUAACAAAGAAGAAUGCCUAAACACGGCGUACUUACGGCGACGGAAAAACAGCCACGUGGAGUUUAUGGAAACGUUGAUGUAUGGACACCGGACAGAAGCGCUGAAGUCGAUGGUGGCCGGCGGUGGGGGAGAAGGGAGGUUGCCGGCGGAGAGGGAAGACGGUUGGUUGGAAAUUGAGAUUGGUGAGUUCUUUAGCGGCGAAAAGAGUGAGGAAGUGAAGAUGGGCUUGAAAGAAGUGAAGGGCCACCAUUUGAAAGCUGGGCUUAUUGUCCAUGGCAUCGAAAUCAGGCCCAAGCACUAAGAGA